AUGUCCAGUAAAAAAGAAAAGUUGGAUAAUAUUAAAAUUGGUGCACAUGUUUCAAUUAAAGACGGUUACCCAAGACUUAUAGAGAAUGCAGUAAAAUGUGGCUUUAAGGCAUUGGCUUUUUUUACCAAUCCCCCAAGAACUUGGAGACCAAUAACAGUCAAAGAUGAUGAUGCUCAAAAGUUUAAAGACUCUUGCAAGAAAUUUGAUUUCUCACCAAACUAUAUUAUGCCACAUGGAAGUUAUUUCUUAAAUUUAGGCUCACCAGAAAUAGACAAGUUAGAAAAGAGUAGAAAGCUUUUCAUCCACGAAAUGAACAAUUGCGAAAAACUUGGCAUUUCACUAUACAAUUUUCAUCCAGGUUCACAUUUAAAUAUUAUUACAGAAGAGGAAUCAAUUAAAAUUAUUGCCGAAUCUAUAAACAUAGCACAUCGUCAAACUAAAAAUGUUAUUGCCGUCAUUGAAUGUACAGCUGGUCAAGGUAGCAAUUUAGGUUAUAAAUUCGAGCAUCUUCGUGACAUUAUCGAAAUGGUAGAAGAUAAAUCUAGAGUGGGCGUUUGUUUGGAUACUUGCCAUAUGUUUGCUGCUGGUUAUAAUUUGAAGACUCAAAGUAAUUGUAAAGUAAUAUUUCAAGAAUUUGAUCGUAUUGUAGGUUUCAAGUAUCUCAAGGGUAUUCAUUUAAAUGACAGUAAAUCAGAUUGUGGAACCAAAUUAGAUCGACAUGAAAAUAUUGACAAGGGUUUUAUUGGUGCAAAUUGUUUCAAAUUUUUAGUUAACGAUAAACGUUUCCAAAAUCUACCAAUGAUUUUAGAAACUGAAGGUAACCAUAUAAAUGAAGUUAAACAAUUAUAUGACUACAUUAUUGAAAAUGAUGAUAAAGAAGAAAAAAAAGAAAAAGAAGAAGAAAAAUAA